AUGGAUGAUCUAGUAGAUUAUUUCGCACAAAUUCAAAAACCUGAGACACAAAGUAUCAAUGUAAAUGAAGCUUUCGAAACCUUCUUCAAAGGUAUUGCCGCUGGAUCAGCACCAUUCCAAUAUGAAUAUUUUCGAAGCGCGAUAGGUGUAGCAUUUGAAGAAAAAAUCCUUUUUGAUAUACCAAAUGAACUGUAUGUGGAAUGGUAUGAAAGGAUUUACCGUUCAGAUUUUUUAUAUCCUACAAAGCCAAAAAGCAAAAAACGCUCUAAAUACGACAUUAAAAUACAAUAUGAUACAUAUCUAUUAUGCCAAAUCACUACAUUCAUAGCUUCAAAAGAUAAUUCUUUUCCAACUAACAUCAAAUUUACUUAUGAAAGUUAUUGGAAACCAGAGUAUCUCGCAUUGUCAUACGUUGCUUCAAUACUAGAUCCAAAAUCAAAACUAUUUACAGACGGAUAUAUAUCUCUUCCAAAAAGUAAAGAAGAAGGCCGUCUUGCUGGUAUUAAUGAAUUAACUACAUUCUACGUUAAAGAAUCCUUUCUUUCAAAUAAUUGUUAUAGAAAAUAUCGACUUUUCCAAGCAAAUGUAAUGCUAAGUAAGGGUGUAUAUGGACAAAUAUUCUUGCAUGAUGAUGUUUAUUUCCUAUACAUUGAUUACACUAAAUGCAACAAAUAUUCGAGAAAAAUUAUCAAAGUUUUACCAAAAGAAUUCCCUGAUGGUGCAAGACUUUUAGAUGCUGUUUAUGUGCUCCAUCCGAGGCCAUAUGCUCCUAUUUCAAUACCGGAUACAAACAAUCCUGUGAAUAAUUAG